AUGAUUGUGCAGAAACAGGAUGUUGAACUUUUCGCCAUGACAGUGUGGCUAAUCUGGUCUCAGAGAAACCAGGUCCGGUUGAACCACACGGCCACAGCACUCCACCAAAUCCCUCAACGUGCUAGAGAGUGGCUUAUCGAGUUCACAGCAAGCCAAGCCACACAGACAACACUAACUGACAGGCCAGGACGGACACGCAGAUUCUGGACAGCACCUCCAUCGGACCUGGUGAAGAUCAAUUUUGACAGAGCGGUUUUUAGCGGAGAAAAUAAAUCGGGCAUCAGAGUGGUGAUCAGAGAUAGCUCAGGUUCGGUGUUGGCUUCUUGCUCUAAGAAAAUUCCACAUGCUCUCACGGGUUCAGAGGCUGAAGCAUUAGCAGCAGUCACGGCGUUGUCUUUUGCUACUGAGCUAGGCGUCGAUAAAGCAGUUUUGGAAGGUGACUCAAUGGAGGUUAUCAAAGCACUCACUCAAACAGAGCGCACACUGUCUUCAAUUGGACCUUGGAUAGAUGACUCAAAGGUACUAGCAUCCGAUUUUGUUCAAUUACAAUACUCUCACGUAAGAAGAGAAUGUAAUAGGCUUGCUCACAGUCUGGCUAGAUAUGCAGUAGACAUACCAAACUUCCUUGUGUGGAUGGAGGAUGUUCCACCACAGUUUGUAGUUGUUUUACAGGCUGAUUUAGCCAAUUUAAUUUAA